AUGAGCCUGUGGAACGGCCUCAAGAAACAGCUUGAAGCUGGAAUCCGAACCGGAUGUUUCGUCGAAAAAUUCAUGGAGACAGAUUACCCUCAGAUGGGGAUCUCGGAGAUUGAAGCUGCCUAUAUCGCAGGGACCAUGAUUGAGGCUGGAAGUGACAGCACGCAAAAUUCUCUCAACAGCAUGAUCCUCGGUCUCACUGCCUUUCCCGAAGUCGUGGAGAAGGCCCAUGAAGAACUUGACCGCGUCGCCGGCGACCGACUGCCUCAAAUUGAUGACUCUCCAAACCUACCAUACAUCCGAGCCAUGAUGAAAGAAGUCCUCCGAUGGCGUAGUGUGUCGAACGACCAUUUUGCACAUUUGACUACCAGUGACGUUAUUUACAAGGACUAUUUUAUUCCUGCCGGCACCGUCCUUGUGGGAAAUACUUGGGCGCUGCAUUAUGAUCCGAAUAUCUACCCAGAGCCUGAGCGCUACAACCCCGACCGCUUUUUGGGAACGCGAACUCUUGACCUCAACGCCGGAGAGUGUAUCAAUGCACAAGAUGUGCGCGAUCGUGAUCAUUGGUCUUUUGGCGCGGGUCGACGCGUCUGUCCGGGAUAUACACUAGCCGAGAAUUCCCUCUUUAUCCUGACGGCCCGCUUACUGUGGGCAUUUGAUAUUAAAGCGCCAAUUGACCCUGAGAGCGGCAAACGAGUGAAGCCUGAUCUGUGGAAUUAUCCGCCGCAACAAUUUUUCCAAGUCCCUACUUUUGACGUUAUAUUACUUUGA